AUGCAAUUUGUAGAAUAAAUAAAGGAUCUGUGUGAAGAUAAUUAAAAUUGCAAGAAAGAAAAUUGUUAAGAUUUACAUCCCAGAAUUUUUGUUGGAAUUUGCAUUCCUUAUUUGCAUAGUAAAUGCAAAUAGAAAUCUAAUUGCUAACUAAAACAUGUAAAUAAGGAAAAACUUAAAGAAUUAUUGUAAAGAAGUCUUAUAAAUGGAGUUUUUCAAUUUAAUUUAUGCAGAGCAGGAACUACUUGUACUAAAUCUAGUUGUUAGUUUUUACAUAGAGAAUGGAUGAAUGAUAUAUGCCUAGACUAUUUUGAAGCAAGCUGUUAAUAGAAAUAGGGUUGUAAUUUGAAACAUAUUUAUUGGAAUAAUUUGGCAAAGGAAGUAUAUAAGAAAUACAAUUAAGAAGGUGUAAAUCCAGAAAAUUAUGACCCAAAGAAUAUUAAUCAUAUAUUUCAAUAAUCUUUAUGUACUGAUUAUUUUGAAGGAAUCUGUCCAUAUAUAAGAAAUUGUCCAAAUAAAAAUCAUAUAGAUUGGGAAGAUGUAGGAAAAGAAAAUUUUUAUAAGAAAACAAAUUUGAGAUAAUGUACUUAGUAAUUUAAUAAUACAUAAUAUGGGUCUGUUGAAAUAAAAGAUACAAAUUUUAUUGAUCAUUUCUUUGAAAGAUUACAUAAUGAAUUAAGGAAGAGACAAAUAAAAAAAUCUAAUGUUUUAGAUGUCUUAUUUAUUAUAGAUAGCACUGGAAGUAUGACAGAUUAUAAAAAUAUUGUUUAAUAAAGUAUUUCAACAGUAGUAAAUUAAUGUACAAAGUUGGUCAAUGAUUAAAAAUUAGUAAGAGUGGGAGUAGUAGGUUAUAGAGAUUUUGAUGAUGAUAAAAAAAUAGAAUUUAGAGAAUUUACUAAUAAUCAUAAUUUGAUACAUAAUUUUGUAUAGCAACUAGAAUUUAAAGGUGGAAAUGAUGAUCCUGAAGAUUUAUUAGGAGGUCUUUAAAAGGCUCUUCGUUUGGAUAUAAGUGGAUACUAAGAAAGUUUAUUAUUUUUGUUCUUAUUUUGUGAUUCACCAUCCCAUGGACCAUAUCAUUUAAAUUUAUGUGAUUUAUAUCGAGAUUCAGUUUAAGAAGGAUAAAUUGAAAAAGUAAUACUAAAAUUUUAUGGCCGUAAAAAAGAUAGGACUUUUUUCAUUGGUUUUAAAUUUACAGACUAAACUGAUUAUAUGUUUGAAAAAAUAAAAGAAGCACUUCCAAAUGCUAUUAUACUUGAAGCCAAUGAUUAAAAUUUACCUGAAAAUUUAAGUUAACUAAUUGAAGGAUCUUAUAAAAGCUCAAUGAUAGAAAACCCAAAAUAAGAGAAAAAAAUUAAGGCAAGAUUUAUUUAUACUACUUGUUUAAAAUUUGAGAUUUCUGAUUAUGAAAAAAUUGAUUAUUGUAAAAAAUUUCUUGCUUAUUAAAAAGAAAAUGAAUCUUAAGAAAUGACAAUGCUUAUAAUAUAAGAAAAAUGUAUUGAAUUAAAAGGAUAAGAAAAAGGAAAUAACUGUGAUAUUUUUCUAGGAUUUGAUAUAUUAAGAAAUAGAUAGAUUGUAAUAAAAAUUCCAAAAUAUAUUAUUGAAUCAUAUAAUAAAAAAAAAUAGCUUACAGCUCAAUAAGAGGAAGAAUACAAAAAAUUUUUAGAUACUCGAUAUCUUAGUUUAUUAAUAGCAUAACAUUUAGCUUAUCAUUUUAGGAUUGCUACAUAAAACAUUUAGGAAGCACCUCCUAUCUUUUUUGCUUCACCUGUUAAAUAUAUACUUGAUGAACCAUUCUUUGGUAGAACAUACUUAUUUGCUGAAUCAUACAUUAAUAGACCUAAUAGAAAAUGGUAAAAAUAUACAAAUAAUAAUCGUUAUUCUGAUCAUUAAGAGUAUCAUUAUACUGCCUUUUCACACUACACUUAUCAAAUGACAGGAAAAUAAUUGGUAAUUACAGAUUUAUAAGGAAAAGAAAAUGUAUUAUCAGAUCCUGUCAUUCAUACACUUGAUAAUCAAAUCAAAAAAAUUCUACAGGAUAAACACAACUUCAGCUAAAAAGGACUUGAAGAGUUUUUCGACGGGCAACAUCCAGACUGCCACAAAUUAUGCAGUGAACUUAAAUUAUAUGAAUAUAAUAGAGGUGGGGUUCUUACUAUUGAUGAAUAAAAAAAGAAUACAGGAUGGAUUAGAUAACCUGAUGAAAUUUUGCCUGGUAUUUGUGAAAUUUGUGGAUAAUUUACAAAGUCUACUUAUGAAAAUUAUCAAAAGUAAAAGUCUAAAAUGGUUUGUGAAAAUUGUUUAGAUGGACAAUUGGAAUAUAUCGAUAUUACUUGUCAAUGUUGUUUAAAUGAUUACUCUUGUUAAAUCAAUAUUUAGAUCAAAAAUUUGCAAUUACCAGAAAAAUGUUAAGAUUGUAAAUAAUACUGUAUUGAGGGUAAUCAGAAUAAAUGCUUGUAUUGUGAUUCAAUUUGUAAAAAAAGACUAAGGCAACUCUAAAUUUAGGAUCAAAAAAUAAGCAUAUGUUCUGUAGCAUAAUAGUUUCUUAAUUCUCUAAAAUGCUAUUAUUGUAAAGCCUUUUAUAAGUUUGAUAUUAAAAUAGAAAAAGAGAAUUACGAAAAAUCAUUUUAUUUAUGUUUAAAAUGUUAAUAAAAAGGUUUAGACUGA